ACGGGUUAUCAACUGGUGGGGAUUGUUCCUGUCUCAGUUGGAAACCAGACACCGGCUCGUUGACAAUUUACAAAUCUUGGGAAACUUCUUAUCGGCCAGCAUAAUUUUACGAAAAAAAGAUGAAGAUUUGUGUGAUCGGUUUCGGUGCUGCUGGACUGGCAGCGGCCAGGCAUGCUUCCGUAAAUCACGACUGCGUGGUUUUCGAGCAAUACGAGAGUCUUGGCGGCACUUGGGUGUAUACAGAGGACACAGGAACAAACAGAUUUGGACUCCCUAUUCAUACCAGCAUGUAUCGAAGCCUUAGGACAAAUUUGCCAAAAGAAAUCAUGGGUUAUCCAGAUUUUCCCAUCCCUGAACAAGAACAGUCCUACAUACCAGCCAAAGAAAUUUUAAAUUUCCUUCAACUAUACGCCAAUCGUUUUGAUCUUAUGAAGUUAGUAAAGUUUAAUCAUUAUGUCCAAAAUGUGGAGCCUGUGGACAACUUGUGGAGAGUAAGUGUUAAAGAUUUGCUCAACGAUGAAGAAAAAGAAUUCAUGUUCGAUGCUGUCAUGGUCUGCAAUGGUCACUACCACACACCAAUGUACCCGACUAUACCUGGCAUGGAAACCUUCACCGGGGAACAGUUUCACAGCCACGAUUACAGACAUCCCGAAAUAUUUACUGGGAAAAACGUCAUCGUUAUCGGUGCCGGACCUUCAGGUCUUGAUCUCUCUUUGGAAAUCGCGACGAAAGCCAAAAAAGUCUAUCUCAGUAGGCAUAGAGGAAGCGACGAACCCAAAAAUGUAUUCCCGUCCAAUGUCGAAAUGAGAUUCGAAGUGUCUGAAAUCCGAGGGAAUAAACUUACAUUUGACGACGGAAAAGAAAUAGAAGUAGACGUUAUAUUUUAUUGCACAGGUUACAAAUACAGCUUUCCAUUUUUGUCGAACAAAUGCGGCGUAGUCGUCGAAGACAACUGUGUCCAACCACUGUACAAACAUUUAAUCCAUAUCGAUCAUCCAACGCUAUGCCUCAUCGGCUUACCUUACUAUGUCUGCGCUUUUUCAUUGUUCGACCUACAGGUGAGAUAUUUCUUGAAACAUCUGGACCGGGGAUUUAAACUGCCGUCUAAAGAGGAGAUGAUCCACGAUACCGAGAAGGAAAUGGAGGAAAGAAAGAAACAAGGAUUGAAAAGAAAACAGUUUCACAUGAUGGGAACGAUGCAAGGGGAUUACUACGCCGACUUGGCUAAAUCAGGUGGUUUGGACCCUCUUCCUCCAGUCAUGGCUGAUCUGCACAAUUUCGCUUCACAGAAACAGCUCGACGAUUUAAUCAACUUCAGAGAAAAUGUCUACAAAAUUUUAGAUCCACAGAAUUUUAUUCAAGUUAAAUAAGUAAUAUUUCAACAAAUUGCAUUCAGUUUCAUUUUAAUAAUACAGUUAUUAAGGGGUUUUUAAACAGAGACCAUGACGUCAGCUUUAAUACGGAUUGUCAUGCUGCAACUUAUUGAAUAAAUAAUUUAUUACAUUGAUAACGAG